CCCUGUGGUCCUUAGGGAGUCAGUCAGUAGGUCAGUGUGUCCGGGUAGGUCCAAGUGGUGAGGAGUGGGACCCCUGUCGUGCACGUGACACCACCAUGGUAGACACCCGGCGUGGCACCUCCACUAUGUCGUACACAAAGGAGGAGGAGGCGAAGAUGGCCGACAUCCUGCAAGAGAGAAAAGAGAAGAGGGAGGCCAAGAAGAAAGCCCUGCAGGAGGAGCAGGCGGCCAAGCUGAAGAAGCUAGAGGAAGAAAUGGCCAGAGAGAAGGAGAGAAUCAAGAAAGAGGAAGAGGAGAAGUUGAAAGAGGUGGAAGAGGAAGAAGAAGAGGGACCGCCACUGGAAAGAAGGAGAGGGAAGCACAAUGGCAGCAAGGGUGAAGAAAUGGAGAAACGGAUUUCAGAAUGGGUCGCUAAUUUGUCCUUGGGAGAGGAAGAAGAAGUGGCUAUGUAUAUCCCCAAGGAUGACCAGGAAGCCGCCCUGAAGAAAUGGGAAGCAGAAAAGGAUAUGCUGAAGCGGCAGGCGAUGGAGGAUGAGCAGAGGAUGGAAUGGAAACUCACGAUGAUGAGGGAAAAGAAGAGAAGGGUGGAGGCGGCGAGUGAGGCGGUCAAGGAGUUAGAAGAAGUGCAGAAAUUAAGUCUAAAGUUCACACCUCAGGUAGGCCUCGAACGAAAGGUAGAGAUCCUCGCCCAGACUGUCAAGCGUCUAGCAAAGAUACAAGAACAGCAAUACGAGUUUAGCCGAAGUCAGGACAGAGCUAUGCGCUCGAUGCGAAUGGGAUUCCGGGACUUUGCGCGCGAACUGAUAGGAGUCGUAGGAGCCGAGCGGGAAGAGAACUUUGACAACUGGGAGGCUAACGUCAAGACCUACGUGCAUCUGCAACAGGUCUCCCCAGAUCAGCAUGUUUUGAUUGCCAUCCAUGCGCUCAAAGAUGAGGCCGCCAGUUUUGCAAGGUCCCUAGUGCGCGCCGCUAACUGCAAUGAUGAUGCAGUUGCCUAUUCGGCAUUUACCUCCCUCACCGAGUUCAUGAAAUUGCUGCACGAGCGAUUUGCAGAUGUCGCUCGUAGUGUCAAAGCCUCAGAUAGGCUCCAAACAAUCCACGCUCGUAAGUGGAAGAGUGCCAGGGCACUCAAGAGCACGAUGGACGAACUAAUCGCCGUUCCUGACCAUGGGGUCACAGACACCCAAUUGGUCGGCCUCUUCUACCAGGCGAUCCCCGAAGCCUUGCGAGGGCACUUCUUCGCGAAGAGCGAAGAUCCGGCCAUUACUUAUGAUUCUCUCAGUCGUGAAGUGGUGGCCUUUGAAGCCAAGUCUGCAUUUGUGUCUACCUUUUGGCACAAAGACUUGGACAAGGGAAAGCAAUGGAAGGGCCGCACUAUCUCUGGGCAGGUGAAAACUAAGGAUAGCCUUGUCCUAACUUUAGAUGAAGGUAGUGUGGAUGAGAUCCCCUACGAUCAGAUUGAGUGGGGGUUAGAGGAGGAGAGCAGCGGUGUAGGCCAGGGGAGGACUUACGCUGCUGUCGCGGCUGGAGGGAGGCCACAAGGCGAAGGACGAGGCCAAGGCCAAGGAGGCCGGGCCUCAGGGAGCCGGUUUCAGGACGGCCAGGGGGUUGGCGGCAGGGGAGGAAACCGCCAAGCGGGAGGAAGGGGUCAAGACACCUCCCUCACAGGCGUGGCCGAAGAGUUGAAGGAGAGGAGGCCCGCCUGGGCCAAGAUGAAGAAGGAGAAUAAAGGGCAGCUGAUUUUAUUAGAUGCAGAGAUUUUUAGAAGUAGAGUAGGGGCCCUAGUAGACUCAGGGGCCACCCACAACUAUAUUAGUAAGAAAGCGUUGCAGAAGUUGAGGCUGGGACUUAAAGUCCAGAAACAGGCAGACCCCAUAGUUAGUAUCCUCGCGGACAAUCGUACCAUGAUUGUAGAGGAUUACGUAGAGGGAGUCCAAGCGUAUUUCCGCCUAGAGAAAGAUGGGAAGGUGGAGAAGGUCCUCCACUCCCUGACUCUCCUCGUAGAGGACAGCCUCCCGUUUGAUAUAGUGCUGGGAAUGGAUUGGGGAGAGGCAGCCGGGGCAACGCUCCAUCUGAAGGAGCACGAGUGUAGACUCCCUAGUUCUGCAGGCGAGGCUAAGACUGCCUGCCUGUUUCAUGUGUCGGGAGUAGAGAAUUCCUUGGCACAUUGCUGCCUUAGUGCCCCUGCGUUCGCCAGAUUGGUGAAGAAGGAGAAAUUAGAGGAACAGGUCUUUGUUGCCUAUGUUAGGCCCGUCACUGAGCCUAAGGAAGAGAAGCCCAUAAACCCUACUAUUGCCAAAUUGCUGGAAGAGUUUAAGGAUUUGACUGAGCCGCCGACAGGCACGGUGUCGCGGCCCAUCCAGCACCGUAUUGAGAUAGAGCCUGGCAGUAGGACUCCUAAGGGUGUUGUGUAUAGGAUGGCCCCGCAGGAGUUAGAGGAGCUGCAGAAGCAGUUGGACGAGCUCCUUGAAAAGGGUUGGAUUAGGCCCAGUUCGUCUCCUUUUGGAGCCCCUGUUCUCUUUGUCCCUAAGAAAGAGGGAGAGCUGAGGAUGUGUAUAGACUAUAGGGGUCUAAAUGCUAUUACAGUGAAGAAUAAAGAGCCACUGCCUAGGAUAGACGAUCUUUUAGAUCGAGUGCAAGGGGCGAAGUAUUUCUCCAAGAUAGAUUUGAAGUCCGGAUAUCAUCAGAUAGAGGUGCAUCCUGACGAUCCGUACAAGACGGCCUUCCGGACUACGUAUGGGCACUACGAGUUCAUAGUGAUGCCCUUUGGACUAACCAAUGCGCCAGCUACGUUCCAGCGCUGUAUGAACGACUUGUUUAGGCCGUGGUUGCCGUGGUUAGACAAAUGUGUUGUAGUUUAUUUAGAUGACAUUUUAGUGUUUAGUAGGACCUUCGAAGCGCAUCAGGGUCAUCUCAGGCAGGUCUUGGAGAAGCUGAGGGAAGCUAACUUCAAGAUCAAUGCAAAGAAGUGCGAUUGGGCAAAGACCCAAGUUCUGUACCUAGGCCACGUCUUAGACGGAGACGGCGAAGAUGGGGACAUGGCAAGGAGAGGGGGAUAUGGAGAGGAGGAGGAGGAUGUGGACGAGGAGUACGACGAGGAUAGCGAGGAUAGCGAGGACGACGAGGAGGAGGAGUCCAGAUGGGGGAGGAGAAGAGAUGGACGGAGGGAAAAGAGGAAGGGCAGGAGGAGGAGGAGGAGACAUGGACGGCGAGGAAGGGGAGGACAUGAGGAAAGGGAGGACACGGGGAAGGGAAGGAGACGAGGAGGCAUGGAAGAUGAGGAAGUACGACGAGGAGACGAGGAGGAUGAGGAAGGGCAGGAGGAGGAGGACGAACAGGAGGAGGAGGAGGAGGAGGAGGAGGAGGAGACGAAAAGGAGAAGGGAGGAGGAGACAUGGAGGAUGAGGAAGGGGAGGAGGAGCAAGGGGUCAUGCUAAUCUUCUCUGUAACUUUCCAAGUUUUAACGGAUGUCGCGGAGGAGCAUACCUGCAUAUUUCUAAAAAUGCUACUUUUCCAGAAGAGAGUAAAUCAUACGAGACUGC